ACCUCUGCAUCAAAGUCCAUACACAGAUGGUGCGGAUUGGUAUCCACCUCGCAUGUGUAUAGCAGUUCUGGCUCAAGUAUGCUUGUCAAGUUCCACACAGACAGUACCAACUCACUCGCCGGUUUCCGAAUGAAGUACAGCAAGAGACGUCACACGCAUUAUGACGAGGACGAAUCUAAAGGCAGGACUGUUGGAGUCGUCAUCGGCUCUGGCGCUGGUAUUGUCGCUCUGUUUGUGCUUGUGCUGGUCGCUUGCGCCAUCUCGUACAACAAACGAAAUUCGAGAACGUCUCGUGCGUCGCCGCCUCGCGCCAGUAUGAGCAACUUACCGUCACGCGGCGGAGAGGAGCAACCACAGCACAUAUUCAUGGUGACCCGGAGUUCCGGUAUUACAGGACACGACAACCCACUUAUGUUUGCCCAACCACCGCCCUACAGCGAAGUGGUCAAACACCCGGAGUGGAUAAUGUAUACGCAGUCUCCACCGCCAUAUGAAGAGGGAGGCAAUUUCAAUGCAGACAACUCUAAUUUGGUCAUGGGAGAUAACUCCAAUUUGGGCAUGGGAGACAACUCCAAUUCCAAUUUAACCACACAAGGCAACUCGAAUUUGGCCAUGGGCGGCAACUCGAAUUUGGCCAUGGGAGACGACUCCAAUUCUAAUUUAACCACGCAAGGCAACUCAAAUUUGGUCCUGGGUGGCAACUCGAAUUUAGACAUGGCAGCCAGUCCGAAUGCCGACAUGGAGGAUAUAAGAGAUAAUACCAAUUCUGACCAAGCAUGUAAUGACAAAACAGAAACCUGCAGCAGACAGGGUGGUGCAUCAAUCAGUCACUCACACACAUAGUUCACAAAGACGGAGACUUGGUGUGAAUCUUAAUUUGUAUCUGUUCGUUAGUGCUUCAAGAAGCUAAUUCACUUAUUUCUAGCUAUAUUACCUUGAUACUUAUUUUAAAAUACCACUAUUUAUAUAUUAAUCCCUUUUAUACCAGAUUUUCAUUCGCUUAUGGUUGCUUUAGCGCUACAGGACAGCACUAAUAUGUUAUAUAUACAUUUAUCGUCCAUUAAAGGCUUUUGUAGGAGAUAUCGCUAGCACUAUAAUCUGUGAUAUCUCCUGCGAUAUUCUCCGCAGGAAAUAUCGCUUCUUAUAAUCUUGAUUG